AUGUCGUCCGUGUGGCCAGUAACGGUCGCGUUUGCCCUGGUGGCACUUUGCUCCGCUUAUCAGAUACAGGCCGCUUCACCGCGAUGGGAACCACAGAUUUCGGUCCUGUGCGAGGCGGGCCAAACAUAUCAUCCGCAGUACCUGUCCGAGGAAGGCCGAUGGACAACGGAUCUGAGCGUGAAGGUGCCCGGCUCGACGUGCCUCCGCGAUAAGAUGGACCUGCUGGACUACUGCAAGAAGGUGUACCCGGGACGAGACAUUACCAACAUCGUGGAAUCGUCGCACUACCAGAAGAUCGGUGGUUGGUGCCGCCAGGGUGCGCUGAAUGCAGCCAAGUGCAAAGGUGCCCAGCGAUGGAUUAAACCGUUCCGGUGUCUCGAGGGACCGUUCCAGUCGGAUGCGCUGCUCGUGCCGGAAGGCUGCCUGUUCGAUCACAUCCACAACGCGUCGCGCUGCUGGCCGUUCGUCAGGUGGAACCAGACCGGUGCGGCCGCCUGCCAGGAUCGCAACAUGCAGAUGCGUAGCUUCGCCAUGCUGCUGCCCUGCGGCAUUUCGCUCUUCUCCGGCGUCGAGUUCGUCUGCUGCCCGAAACACUUCAAAGCCGUCCCGAUGAAGGUAAAGAAGACGGACCUGCCGGUGCUGCCACAGGAUACGGAUAUGCUGCCCGCGCUGGACGACGGAGCGGACGGUGUGUCGGAGAACAACAACUCGGAGGACGACGAGGAGGACGACGACAUCGACGACGAGGAGGACGAAGAGAUGCUCGGCGACGAACCGAUCAGCGACGGCGACGACGACGAGUACGACUCGGACGAGGACUUUGACAGUGCGGGCAGCGAUAAACCGUCCGGUGCCGAUGCCGACACCGGUUCGGCCGCAUGGGACAGCUUCACGACACCGCCACCCCCCAAGGACGCUCCCGGCAGGAAGCAGUCUUCGGAUGGUCCGGCCGGCGGAAGUGACGCGAUCGGGGGCAUGCUGUACGGUGGUGCCGUACCGAGCACGACGGAGAAGGCGGGCGCCGGGGAGCUGGCGAGCACGCCGAUCACCGCCAUCCCGACGCCGGACCCCUACUUCACGCACUUCGAUCCGCGCAACGAGCACCAGAGCUUCAAGAAUUUGCACGCCGAAUUUCAGGAAGCCCAGCAGCGGCUCGAGGAGAGCCACCGGGAGAAGGUGACGCGCGUCAUGAAGGACUGGUCCGACCUGGAGGAGAAGUACCAGGACAUGCGGCUCGCCGAUCCGAAGUCCGCCCAGACGUUCAAGCAGCGCAUGACGGCCCGAUUCCAGACUUCUGUGCAGGCACUGGAAGAGGAAGGCAACUCCGAGAAGCACCAGCUGGCGGCGAUGCACCAGCAGCGCGUCCUGGCCCACAUCAACCAGCGCAAGCGGGAGGCGAUGACCUGCUACACCCAGGCCCUCACGGAGCAACCGCCGAGCUCCCACCGGGUGGAAAAGUGUUUGCAGAAGCUGCUACGUGCCCUGCACAAGGACCGCGCCCAUGCCCUAUCGCACUAUCGCCAUCUGCUGGGCUCGGGCGGCACCGGUGGGCUGGAGGCGGCCGCCUCCGAGCGUCCCCGCACCCUCGAGCGGCUGGUUGACAUUGACCGUGCCGUCAACCAGUCGAUGGCCAUGCUGAAGCGCUACCCGGAGCUGUCGGUGAAGCUGUCGCAGCUGAUGGACGAUUACAUUCAGGCGCUCCGCUCGAAGGACGAAACGCCCGGCUCGAUGCUGGCGAUGACCGAGGAGGCGGAGGCCACCAUCCUCGACAAGUACCGCAUGGAGAUCGAGCGCAAGGUCAGCGAGAAGGAGCGCCAGCGGUUGGCCGAGAAGCAGCGCAAGGAGCAGCGGGCCCAGGAGCGGGAGAAGAUACGCGAGGAGAAGCUGCGCCUGGAGGCGAAGAAAAUGGAAGCUGCCUACAAGCAGCAGCAGCAGCAACAGCAGCAACAGCAGCAGCAGGUCCAACACGAACAACAGGCCCAGCAGCAACAGCAGGCACAGCAGCAACAGCAGACUCAGCAGCAGGCAACCCAGCAGCAGCAACAGCAGCAAACUCAACAGCAGCAACAGUCGAUGCAGACGCAGCAACCCUCGUUGUCGGAGCAACCGCAAACCCAGAAGCAGCUAGCGGACCAGGAUGUGCCGAAGGAAACCGAUACCACCAAGGACUACAGUGAGGAGGUUGUCGUAACAAGCCCACAACCGACCGCCCUUCCGACCGUGGACGAUGAAGCGGUUCAGCGAGCCGUGGAAGAGGUGGCGGCCGCCGUUGCCCAUCAGGAAGCCGAGCCAAAGAUGCAGCACGUUCUGGCCCACGACAUUGGCCACGGUGAACCGAGCUACUCGGUUCGGCGCGAAGUCUACAGCUCAAGUGGCCGCGACAGCAAGAACGUCUACUUUACGGUAGGAUUCGCCGGCGUGGCGCUGAUGGCGGCCGUGUUCGUCGGGGUGGCCGUCGCCAAGUGGAAAGCUUCCCGAUCACCACAUGCUCAAGGGUUCGUCGAGGUUGACCAGGCCGUCGGUGCCCCGAUUACCCCGGAGGAGCGACACGUGGCCAACAUGCAGAUCAACGGGUACGAGAAUCCAACCUACAAGUACUUCGAAAUUAAGGAAUAAUUUCCCCACGGAGCACACAAACGCGCCGUCCCUGGCGCGGUGUAGGAAAAGCCGCUCGAAGGAGAGAAAACAAGCAGGAGGGCGGGCUAGGGAAGAGU